AGGGUGGUGUACAAGUGCGGGCGCCAUCUAGUCCCUCAGUGCCUGACUAUCCUCACUUAAGACCCGUGUUCUCGCGUUCUGAUUACCAGAUUAUUGGCGACAUUUCGUGUGACAAUUUGACUCAGUGUUUCGUGUUAUAACUAAAGUGACCAGUGCACGCUUCAGCACGGAUACAAAAAGAAUGGACAAGCUGUUAAGAGAAAUGAACGUGGAGUGGCGAUGACAAGCCUGAUCUUGGAAAACGCAGACUUGAACCGACUUUUUCCGAAAUGUCGGCCUAGGGGUGGCCCACCCCCGAGUCCGGGGGCCUCCACGCAGAUCAGUCAGCUGCAUGAGAGCCUCUGUCAGAAGGAGGCCGUCUCUGUUACCACCAGCCUCACGAGUACACUUGCAACUACGUUCGCAAACACUCUCACGACCACCCUUGCAAUCGCCUCCAAGAACACCUAUUCGACGCACUUUCACGCGAUACCGGAAGACAUGAUCGACUUAGAGCGUGAUAUCUCAGAUAGGACAGCGAGCAUGGUGUCUGGUUUCGCAGGUGAGAGUCAGCUAUCCGUUGGUGUCAGCGGUGGCAGUGGCAGCGUUGGUGGUCCACUUGGAACAUUUAGCUCACUUGGCACACUUAACACAAAACCACUUUCUUCAAGUUCCUCAUCUGCCUCUGGGCACAGUGAGGAUGCACAACAAUAUGGUAGUUUCCCAGGAAGUGAUCAUCAGAGUCAUUCACAGCAGGAUGAUAGCGGACCUGAGGAAAGCCCUGUAUACAUUUUAACUUCUGCUAAGGGUGAUCGUAGUUAUAAACUAAUGGAUUCAAGAAUUAUAGAAAUUGCUGGUGGACGAGAAGUUUUUUCUCAGAGUCGAGGUAAAGUAGCAGCAAGAAAAUCACGCUUUCUUGCUGCAUCAAAUUCCUUGAAUAAUGAAGAUAUUCAAACAGAUAACAAGCUAUCUGUUAAAAGAAAUAAUAAAUCACCAAAUACUCAAACUAUAUGGGAAUUAAGAAGCCGAUGUGGCGAUACAAGAAAGCAACGUUCUAACAGAGAAGUAACUGAAACUGUAUUUUCUUCGGAAAUACAUUCAGUGUUGCAUAAUCCAACAAAAUCUAUUCUCGAUUAUGAUUCUCCCAAGAGCAAUCACAGCAACCAUAUUAUUAAUUAUGACUCAAUUCUGAAUAGCAAUAAUGUAGAAUACGGUGUAUCGAAAAAUACUACAGAUUUUGAUUAUGGAUUAUCAAAGAGUUGUAUAGAUUAUCAAUCGAACCAUACAACACCAGCAAGAAGCAUGGCGAUCGUCAGCGAUGGUGAAGUAGUUGUCUUUGAUGACAUUGAUGAUAACUGGCAAAAUUUACGGCUAGACUUAACUUCUAAUAAUACCAAUCAAAUUACAUCAACUAAUUUAAAUCUGGAGUCUGAAGAGUCUCAAAGAGGUCGUAUUCCUCCGGAACCUUUGAGUUCCAGCAUUGGAAGUACUCCGAGUCCUACAACGGCAUAUCAUCGUAAUACUUCAGAAUUUUUUAAGGUGAUUACUCCUGCUAGCGAUUGUGAAGUUGACUCGCCAUCUUCAGAACGUAAUCACAAAGUGGCAAGAGUAAUUGGUGAAUUACCAAUAGCACAAUAUUCUGAAAGUCCAAGACGUUAUGGAGUACGCGAUACUCAACUUCCUUGUCUUCUAUCAUCGCCAUCUGUAUAUAUGACACCGAGACCUGGCUUUCCCCAGAGAGUAUUACCAACAACACCAAGUCAUAAUGAGAAGGAGGAUACUUCUGCAGAAAUAAUUGUAGAAAAGGCUGUGGUAGAAACAAAUAUGAAUUAUACUGAUGAUCAAACUGUAAAUGCCCCUUCUCCAAAAGUCGAGGACGAAGAAGAUGAUUCUUUAAAACCAUCAACUUUGCCCACCGACAAUAUAAGUAACUUGGUAUCAUCUGGUGGUAGCACAUUUGAUUAUUUGUAUGAAUUUUCUGAGACACGAAAGGUACUUGAAGAAUUUUUUAAGUGUCCGCCACCGAUGAAAGAGAAAGAAAACAGUACUGAAUCUUUCCCAUUUCAGGAUCUUGAUUAUGAAUUAAGAAGACAAGGGGGAAGCAGUUACGUUGGUCAGCGAUUGGCUAGUGGUCCACCAACAACAGAAGAAGUUUUGGUACAUGAAUCUCCUAAAAAACAAAGAAGUGAUUUCCCACAGAACAGCGGUGAACAUGAGAAUAAUUUCUUAGACCUCUCAGUAGGUACUGGGAGCAGUGAAGAUCUCGGAGAAACAGAAGUUGGAUUACAAGUCGGGCAUUCUCGUAAUUUUACAUUAAGUCCUGAAACGACUGAUUGUGAUAGUAACUGUGGAGACCUCGAUAGUGAAGUUUCUUUAAUGAUGAUGGAUAAUGAAUUGAUACCGGCUAGCGGUCUGCUUGGAUCGGUCGGUGACUUAGGAAAUAAUUCAGAUUCCUUAAGAAUAUAUACUAGUAUGCCGGUCCUUGAAGACGGCUUAUCAAGCGGACAUGCCAGUGAUACUGAUAAUAAUAAUCCAACUGUGAUGCUAAUGAAGCGACAAAUUAAUGAGAUCGAAAAGGAGAUUAUUCAGAGAAGUCGUGUUAAUGAUACUGGUCAUCCUACUGCGACGGAAAGAGAUUCAAUAGGAAAAGAUCUUUCUGGUUUAACUGUUAGCAAAGAUAUUUUACAUUCGUUGAAAGCAUCAUCACCUGAUCUGUUUGUUCCUAACAAAGAAAAUUCGUAUGAUACAAAUGAGCUGCAACUUGAUGGUUUGGAUCCUCUUGGUACACCUCCACCACCUGCGCCACAAGCUAGACAAAGUGUUAAUUUAGAAAUAGGUGGUGAAGUUGAAGCUGCUAUUAAAGAUAUUAGGAUGGCUUUACAAAGGACGAAAACUUUACCUGUCAAGUCUUCUACUGAAGAACCGCCCGAACCUAAUGUUAGUCCGAUUUGGAUACCAAGUAUAUUGGAUGGCAGGCGGAGAAUUUGCGUAGAAAAUAAUAGUGAAGAAUCGGAAGUUCGACGUACAGGUGAAGAAGCGGAUGUUGAAGUGGAGGAAGGUCCAGACGAAGAAGAGGCAGAUACUGAUCUUGAAACUGAUCGUUUGCUUGGACAACAAAGAACAGAUGAUCAGGGUUUUUACGACGAUAAGGGGUGGAGGAAGCCUAAGACUAGGACAAUGUUACCACCGAUGAGUGGAAAACUGUCAACUCCUAAACAAACUCCCCCAAAAAGCCUGAGUGUUGCUCCGGUAGAAAGCCCGUUAGCACCCUCGGAACCUUUAGCUUCGACCUCUGCCUGUGUGUCCACUUCCGCUUCUGCCUCUAUUUCGCCUCCUCCAGUAGUUUCCGUUAUACAACCACCACCUUGCGAUCGUGACGUUACCACUCCCACGCAACCCUCGUCAAGUCCACAGAAGACUCCAGUUAAAAAUUCUCCCUCAUCCCCUCAGAGUCUCAAGGAAUCUGGCAGCAAGGUGAAAAAGGAAAAAGAGGAGAAGAAGAAAAGCAGAAACAAAGAAGCUCUUCUCGACGAUCCUUCAGUUUUAAUCGAAGGAGUAUUGUUCCGAGCAAGGUACCUCGGAUCUACUCAGCUUGUGUGCGAGGGAGAGCCCACAAAAUCUACUCGCAUGUGCCAGGCAGAAGAAGCUGUGUCUAGGAUAAAGGAGGGGCCAGUGGCUACGGGUAUGCAGGCCACGCUGUUAAACUAUGGGGGGCAACAUGGUUUUGGUCGAUGCAGCGUUGCCUCGCAAGGAAGCCUCGAGGAAGAUGAGUGCGACUCGAGCGAAGAACUUAUAGGGAGCACCCCUGGUGGGGGCCAGUCCGAGUCGCAGACUGUGGGUCUCCAACCAAAACUGGCCCCGAUCAGUGGCUCUAUGGAGCCCACCACCGUUUUCAGGCUUCACUUUCUCGGAUCGGUUGAAGUUGAAGAGGAAGGGAGACGUAAGCGCCUUAACAACCACAUAGUGCGGGAGGCUGUGACUAAGAUCAAGGCGUUGGCACCGGAUGGCGAAACGCAACCGAGUACGGAAGUUGAUCUGUUUAUCUCGACGGAGAAAAUCAUGGUCCUGAAUACGGAUCUUAAAGAGAUCAUGAUGGACCACGCGUUAAGAACAAUAUCUUACAUAGCAGAUAUUGGUGAUGUAGUGGUGCUAAUGGCACGAAGACGAUUCGUACCGCACGAAAUGGAGGAAGCACCAAAAAUCAACAGAACUCCAAAAAUGAUUUGCCACGUUUUCGAAAGUGAAGAGGCUCGGUUUAUUGCACAAAGCAUCGGACAAGCGUUUCAAGUAGCUUACAUGGAGUUCCUCAAAGCAAAUGGUAUCGAAGAUCAUAGUUUUGUGAAAGAAAUGGAUUACCAGGAGGUGCUCAAUUCUCAAGAGAUAUUUGGAGAUGAACUACAAAUGUUCGCCAAAAAAGAAAUGCAAAAAGAGGUAGUAGUACCAAAGGCGAAGGGUGAAAUUUUGGGUGUAGUAAUCGUUGAAUCCGGAUGGGGUUCCAUGCUACCAACAGUUGUAAUCGCAAAUCUAGCACCAGCCGGUGCAGCUGCUCGUUGUGGACAAUUAAACAUUGGUGAUCAGAUAAUAGCCAUCAAUGGUGUCUCGUUAGUCGGUUUACCUCUCUCCACUUGUCAAACUUACAUCAAGAAUUCGAAAAAUCAAACAGUUGUCAAGUUAACUGUCGUUCCGUGUGCGCCGGUGGUCGAGGUCAAAAUCAAAAGACCUGACACUAAGUAUCAGUUAGGAUUUAGUGUACAGAACGGAGUAAUAUGUAGUCUGUUGAGAGGAGGAAUCGCCGAAAGAGGAGGUGUUCGAGUGGGUCAUAGGAUCAUUGAGAUCAACAAUCAAAGUGUCGUUGCUGUGCCGCAUGAGAAGAUCGUCAAUCUUCUUGCCACAUCCGUCGGCGAAAUAUUAAUGAAGACAAUGCCCACAUCAAUGUUUAGGCUAUUAACUGGCCAGGAGUCUCCAGUGUACAUAUAAGCGUUUGGUUGCCUGGCUGAUAUGCGUAGUGAACAGACAAUACAUCCGCCAUCCACUACCGUAUAAUUUACCAACUUUACUCUCUGUACAGAUUUAUUCUACGCAGAUUGCUUUGUGUUUCAAUUCUUGUGGAAUUCUAUUCAUAUACUCUCACCAGCUCCUGCUUAACAAAGCAACAAAACUUACGUAAACAUGUUGCGACAAAUAUUAAUAUAUUGAAUAUUUACAUAAAGCAAAAGAUAUAUAUACAUAAUAUAUACAUAAACGUUUUAUUUAUGAAUGGGAUUCUCUAUGACUGUUUUCAAAUUGACUAUUCCAAUAAUUUAUGGAUAAAUUUUGGAUAAAUUUUUUUUCAUUUUUACUUUCUACUUAUUUAUUUAUAAUACAAUGAAAAAUAUAUUGCAGGACAAUUUUUUUUCAACAACGUUAUUGUGCCAUCUAUAUUGUGCAUUUAUAUUUACGAAUUUUUUCUUUAUUUCUCGUAAUAUCAUUUUUUUCAAUGUAUUAUAUUUUGUGAAUUUGAUGAAAAUGAUAUUUAUUGCAGAAAUAAAGUAACAAGUGAAAUCAGCAUUGAGAAUCACAUUCCAUACGUGAUAAGAAAAGCAAAGUAUGCAGUGCACACGAUUAUAUUAGGUUGAUCGGAAAAUAGUGUCGGAUUCUUCAACGAAAUGUCAGUUUGUUAUCAUUACAUGUAGUUUAUUCAUUAAUCAUUAUUUAUUGUUUCUACCGAAACUUGUUGAAGCAUCUUUGAGCUGUAAGUUCAAGGACAGUCUCAAAUCUGAAAAUUUCGCACAAAUUUUUAACCGCAACGUAUUGUUAACAUUUUGAAAUUCAUCGAGUAUAUAGUGAUAUAUAUACAUAAACGCAUUCUGUCUACAGUAGGGAUAUACGGGUAGCCGAGAUUAAGGGCUCGACUCUAGUCGGAAAAGAUCGGGUGGGAUCGGCCCGAAAGAAUUCUUGGGAUUCGAUUCGGUAUAGUGUUUAAAAUGUAUCGUAUCACAUUCAUAGUACGGUCAUUGAUACACUUAAUUUUUUUAAACAACCAAAAACAUGGCACGUAGCAAAUCGAGCGCUCAUUCUUGCCCGACUUUUCCCGACCUGACCGAAAAAUUUGCCUACCCGUAUAUCCGUAAUCUACAGACAUGCUAAGCAUUGAAGGACAUCCCUAUUUGUUGUCCUCAUAAAGGUAUAAUACAAGUUGACUACACAUGCAAAUAAGUGAUGAAGGUUAGCUUAUAUUUUUCAUAAGGAAAAUCCGAUAGUACUUUCCGAUCAACCUAAUACAUAGCACAAAAGCUCUUUACCAACGUUUAGAGCAGGGCUGGAACUCUAUACAUUACGUAGCUCACGACGGAAUAUGUUUUUACCAGGGCCUUCAUACAUUCUGUUGGCUUCAUAGAAAGUAACAUUGUUUAUUUAAUCUGUUUUUUUAUCCACGGAUCGCAGUUUCCUUGUUUUGCACUAAGAUUAAGAGCUACUAUCUAUUACAUAAUACUUUGAAUGUGUCGUCUCGUGAUAAAUAUCACGGUAGUUAUACGGAAGAGUACUCCGUAUUAUGUAUUGUACAUGUAAUUUUUUUUACUGUGAUUUUCUUUUUAUAACUACCUCUGUCGACAGAGGCAUGCUUUUGCUGUUAUUAGCAAUCAUUUUGAGCAAACAAGGAUAUUUAAUAGCUCGCAUCAUUUAUAAGAAAGUUCAACAAUCGAGGUCGGUUAUAUAGUCAAGAAAAUGCACAAUUAAGAAUUUAAUAUCCCAUUUAAAAUUUCUAACAAAAUUAUUGUCAAAAUUACUAUUUUAAAGAAUAUUCAAUCAGCAUUGAAAAUUAUAUAAAAGGGUGCCUAUUUCCUUGAUAAUGUAUGUAAAUCUAGAAUUUUGCUUACUUCUUAAUAUUACAGAUUUUAAAUAACAAAAUUUAAUGUCCAAAGGAUACAAAUGAUUCCAUUGAUUCUAUGAAAAUAGAAGACAUUGACAAUUAUUUGAAAUAUUUAUUUUAAGUAUCAUCUUAGCCACUUCAUUUCAUCGAUUGAUAUUAACAAAUACACUGUGAAUAACUAUUGAAACAAAUCUAUAAUCUGUGAAGCAACAUCUAUAUGUAACAUACUGCGUAUAAAU